UCACUCACUCACUGGCGCCUGGUUUGGGCUUGGCGCGGACUCGCGGACACCAUCACCAUCAUGUCUGUCUUCGGGAGCCGAGCGAGGGGCCGCGUGGAGAGAGCGUGCCACUACCUACCCGUCGUGGUGAACACGCUGCUGGUGCUCUCCAUCACCGGGGAGGUGAGCUACUUGGUGCUGGUGGAGGCGCCGCGGGAGCCCGAGCAGAAGGCGGGCGAGUGGUCGGCCGUGUGGAAGGCGGCUCACCUCCUGCUGCAGUACUUCAUGCUGGGCAACAUAACGUGGAACGCGUCGCUCUUCCUCAAGACGAGCCCGAGCAUCCGCGGGGUAUUCCUGGGUGGGGACGGCGUGGGCCAGGGCUGGAGGUACUGCUACACCUGUGAAACGCACACGCCGCCACGUUGCUCCCACUGCUACGACUGCAACGUGUGCGUACUUCGUCGCGACCACCACUGUGUCUUCUUCGGCCAGUGCGUUGGCUUCCGCAACUACCGCUACUUCCUGAGCUGCCUGCUCUUCAUGUGGGCUGGCCUGCUGUACGCUGUGGUGAUGAAUGCCGAGGUGUUCAUCGUCAUCCUGAAAGAGGGCGUCACGCUGCACAGUGUCAUGCUCCUCAUGGUGCCCUGGAUCAUGCUGGUGUCCGGACAAGUGACAGCCCGUGCCUUCGCAUUUGCAUUCAUCGCAGACACGUGCGUGGUGGGCUUCCUGUUGGUGGCAGCCUUCCUCUUCUUCCACAUUGCCCUCAUGCUGCGGGGCCAGACCACCCGGGAGUGGUACUCAAGCCGUCGACCCUACAGUUUGGGUCCGCUGGCCAACGUGAAGGAGUGCCUCGGACAGCGCUGGUACCUUUGCUGGCUCUGUCCCCUCAUCCCCUCGCCACUUCCUGGAGACGGCAUUCAUUUCCGGGUGACGGGCUCCCUGGAACCUGCCAGCAGCACUGUCUCACAAUAACCCGAGAUUAAGUAAUUUGCUGUAAUUGCAGUAAUUGCAAGAAAUAAUCUGUAAAGGAGUUAUCCAGUUCCUUCGUUUAUGCUGGGCUUUAGCUUAAGGCAGAGGUGUAGGCAGUGUUGAGGAAACCAUACAAUGUUCUUCCCCUCAGUUUACACUUUGUUUGCCCUUUGAUUAAAAUGAAGUUUGACAGAUCUUUGGUGAACCAACAGAAGUUAAACUUAUGCUGAUAAAUGUAAAUUCCAAACUACACUGUACCUGUGAGUAACAAGAGGAUCAACAUAAAUCCUAGUAACUUGUGGAAGUUGAACACGUUGCUCUAAGGUGGACUUGCCUUAACUGCAUAGAAUA